UUACCUAUCUCAGUCUAGCCUACAAAUUUUAGAAUACAAUUCCAUGAUUUAAAUCCUGUCACCAGUAAAUUCUAAUCCUAUCUCUGUUCCCUUUAGAUUGGGAGGCCUCACCAUCCUGUCAACUGCAAGCACCCAAAGAGCAAUCAGGAGCCCGUCCGAGCACGUAUAUAUAUGUGUUUGUCGACGUCGCGGAAGCAAAAGUAGACCCUUGCUUCCACCCCAACGUGCUCAGAUUGGCACCCGAAGAGAGGCAGAGUUCCACAUGAACCAUGCCGCAAGAGAUCUCAAGGACUGAUACAAACAGCUAUUAUUAAAGGAUUGAUGCCACGAGAAAGAGAUGAAUGCAACCAUCCGCAGUAUUUUGCACUGCGCGGCCUCCGUGUUUGAUCUAUGGCUUCAGAGACUCUCCAUUUCAGAAUGAAAAAAAAAAAAAAAAUAGAGAACUAACUAGAAAUAGAUGGAAUGGUUCCUAUGGCCUGAGGCUUAAGAGCCCAAGAAAGAAGAAAGAAGCGAGAGGGGAGAGGAGAAUGAGAAGCAUGGCGUUGUUUUCUAUCCCCUCGUCUCCCCUCAUUUCUUCCCCCACUCAAGCCAACCCAAAUGGCUCUUUGAGAGCUAAAAGCUCCUCUCUCCUCUUCCCCCAACACCAACUCCUCCUCCCCUCAAACACCUCAAAUGCUCUAUCCAUCAAAGAAGAGCUCUCCCUGACCUCCAUACCUUCGCUAGAUGACCGACGAGAGCAAUCGCUCGUCGAGCAAUGCAUCCUUCGAAACCAAAAGCAUCUCAAGGAGCUCGGCAGCUGGGGCAUCGGCGGCCCUUGCAGCUACUUCCUCCAAGUCUCCCGGCCCUCCCAGCUCGUCGCCGCCAUCCGCUACUGCCGGGCGAGGUCCAUUCCCCUGUUGAUCCUCGGCAAGGGCUCCAAUUGCCUCUUCGACGACCGCGGCUUCGACGGCUUUGUCUUGCUCAACCGCCUCGACCAAUUCCAAGUGGUCGAGCCCGGCGUCUAUCGGGUUGGCAGCGGAUACCCAUUCAACCGCCUCGGAGUGCGCUGCUCCAUCGCGGGGUUCUCGGGCCUCGAGUUCGCCGGCGGCAUCCCGGGGACGGUCGGCGGGGCUGUCUUCAUGAAUGCCGGAGCUGGUGGGCAGGAGACUGGAGAUGUGAUUGAUAGCGUGGAGAUGGUCACCGUGGAUGGAGACUUCAGGGUGCUGAGGAGGAGCGACAUGGCCUUCGGAUAUCGGUGCUCGACCUUCCAACGGAUGAAGGACUUGGCCGCCAUUGCGGCGGUCACGUUCCGGUUGGUGCCGGCCGAGAGAACGAGGGAGCGGCAGAGGGCCUUCUUGGAGAGGCGGAGGAAGAGCCAACCAAUUGGAGAGCGCAGCGCCGGGUCCGUGUUUCGGAAUCCCCUGGGAAUGGGAAUAUCGGCGGGAGAGCUAAUCGAGUUUGCUGGGCUCAAAGGGCUUGAGAUAGGUGGUGCCAAGGUUUCCAAGGUUCAUGCCAAUUUCUUCAUCAACUUCAAUGGGUCCACUUCGGCAGAUAUGCUUGCACUGAUUAACCAUGUCAAAGAGAGAGUCGAUCAAAUGUUUGGGAUAGAACUCAAAGAGGAAAUAAAAUAUUUACCUUAUAGAACUUAAACUAUUUGAGUAUAUUCUGUUUUUUCUAAGAACUAUUUUUGGACAUAAUUUAAUGUCCACCAGCCUUUUAUAUAUGUUUGGAGUAAUCUUACAUCUCCUGCAGCAUCUUUUUCA